GGAGAGCCGAAAGAGCGAGAGAACCAAGAGAUGCCGAGAUAAGGGAGCGCUGAAACGGACAGGAGCUCUGGGAUACACAUAUAUGAUGGGAGAAGCAAUACUAGGAAAUAUAAUAUAUAGCCAAGGAGACAAAGCAUAAAAGGGAGAGUUGGGCGAGUCUGAGAGCCAACAUAGUAGACACGAGAGCAGACAGUGAAAAGUGAGAGCUGCAAUGCAUCCCAGAUAGUCACCAUGGGAAGCCCCUCUGCUUCCAUCUUCGUUGUCGCUUCACUGCUGCUGCUGUCGCCAUCCACUGCCCUUUCCGAGGACCAGAGGAUGGAGGCUUCGACUGCCCCCCCAAGCGGCAGUGCCAGGAGGAGGCUACCAUUCUACUUUGUUCCAGCGACCCUUCCUGGGCAAGAGGCAUGGACAGACACGAUGGUGCGUGAUACAACAACAACAACACGUUCCAUCACGAAUCAGCUACCCCUUGGAUUCCUGACAAAGAACUCUGGGAAGAAAGAAAAUGGAAUUCAGCCAAGGCAAUAUAAUCGUACACGGCGCGAUCAACCUGGGGCAAGAUCCCCAGCAAUGGGAGAUGCUGGGGCAAAGGGCUUUGAUGGCCAAAUACAGACCUCAACUCGACCUUUACAGGACUCCUCAAGCCCAGGAAUCCUGGUACAUUCGGUGCGCGUGCUUGGGGACACAGAUCACAGUGUCGUUCUGGCGUGGCGCGUGGGGCCCAUGAACGGGGACAUGAGAAGAUCACACGGAGCUGACGGCAUCAUUGGGCCUACAGAGGAGAUUAGAGCUCGAGAUCCAGACGGUGAGCGAGAAGGAAGAACGGAAAAUGAAGAGGGAGGCAGCACUGUCAAAGAAAGGGGAACUGGGAGGGGAACUGGAAGGCGAGGACGGAUGGGAGUUCCUGGGUCUGCAGGGUUCAGCAUCUUGUACGCACGCCUGGGCGAGCAACAGAUGCGUCGCUUGCACGUGCCGCCUGACCACACACGUGCCACAGUGCCAGGCCUGGAGCCGUAUGCCCCGUACGUGGCUUGUGUGGUAACACGGAGUGGCAUUGGUAGAAGGUGGCAGCACAUGCCGCGACGUGAGCAGUGCGUGGUGUUCUCCACCGAUGAGGCGGCACAUGCCGCAAGCACGCAGCGCUUCAUCAACGCUGUGGUGGCGUGUGUGGCCGGCGUCAUCAGCGCACCACUCGCCGCACUGCUAUGCUGCGGUGCGGUCAAGCGCCGAUGUCGGCGGAUGUAUGGCCAGCGCUGCCAAGGCACGGGAAGAUGCGGGAGGGGGAAGGGGGCGGGUGGGGAAGGAAGUCGCAACGUCAUGCUCGAGGGUGUACCAGUGUGAUCAUUGAGUGGCUCUUUAUUUGGUUUAAGUUAUCUCGCAUUGUGAUAUAUUGAGUUUUGAGCUUACUUUCCCCCAAAAAACUGAAGAGCACAGAUUCGAUAUUCAUUUACUCAUCGUAAUAACAAUUACAUAUUUAAGAAUGCACAUCUAGUGGUGCACAUCUUUAAUGACAACUGCCAUUUUACCCUGGUCUCAGACUCUAAUUGUGGUUUAUUAAACCUUCUAAAAUAAGUUAAGCUAUACAAGCCUCACCUGUGUUCGCUGAGACAUAGUAUCACGUGGUCUAUAAUUGAAUACAAUCUGUAGGAUCUAACCAAGAUUCUCCAAUAUAUUAUUAUUCCACUAAAAUUUCAAGCAUGUGUAGUGACUGUACCUGUCACUGUUUGGUGCCGGGCUUGCGAAGUCACGGCCGGUAACGGUGUGAUUACGGGCAGCCCGGGUUACGGGCUGCAGUACCAACUCUAGCGGUGGUUGGGUGAGCGCUGGUUAGCGCGGAGGCACCGCGAGCAGCGUGCGGUGCCGGCUCCCGGUGAGGGAGCGA